GUUGGCUUCAACUCUUCUCUCUAUCUGACCUCCUUUUUCCAACUUUACUCACCGUCUGCUAUCAUCUCAGCUUGCGUAAUGCGUAGUAGUAUUUCCCCUAUUUAACAAAAUUUUCCUGAAUUUCUCCUACCUUGUUACCCUUUUCUCUCUGGUUUAUACAAUACCCUGCCGGUGUUUCUCUGCAUGGGGUAGAGAUUUUCAUCUUUGGGAGGGCAGCCACGCAUUCAAUUGGGAGAAAUAUGGAAGGAAUCGUUGGGCACGAAUUUGUUGACAUACUGCAAGUAGUGGACUGAAAAAAAGAGCUUUUGGCUGUCAGUCGAAAGUGUUGGUGAGAAGCUCUCUCCAAUCCUAGGACCAUUUCCCCUAUUCUCUGAUUGGCUUUAGUGGUGCUUUGAUGGUUUUCACAGCUAGAUAAGUAGCUCAGCUUGCCCAUUUUUUGGUCCUAAUUUGUUGAGUAUAGAAUGGGUAGCAGAGCUGAGGAAGCAAGCGUAGCUAGAUCCAAGGUAAGUCAGACAUAAAGGAAGCAUUGCGCUGACUUGAUUCAGUUUCAUUCAAAAUGGAGUCUUGCAACUGUAUUGAGCCACAAUGGCCAGCUGAGGAACUCUUGAUGAAGUACCAAUAUAUUUCAGAUUUCUUCAUUGCUCUUGCUUAUUUCUCCAUUCCUCUAGAGCUCAUUUAUUUUGUUAAGAAAUCAGCAGUUUUUCCUUAUAGAUGGGUGCUGGUGCAGUUUGGUGCUUUUAUAGUUUUAUGUGGGGCAACACAUCUUAUUAACUUAUGGACUUUUACCAUGCAUUCACGAACUGUGGCUAUUGUAAUGACCAUAGCAAAAGUUUUGACUGCUGUAGUUUCAUGCGCAACCGCCCUUAUGCUUGUACACAUAAUUCCUGAUCUUUUGAGUGUUAAAACUAGAGAACUAAUUUUGAAAAACAAGGCUGCAGAACUUGAUAGAGAGAUGGGCCUGAUCCGUACACAGGAAGAAACAGGCCGGCAUGUUAGGAUGCUGACUCAUGAGAUCAGGAGCACACUUGAUAGACAUACCAUACUAAAGACCACACUUGUUGAACUGGGAAGGACAUUGGCAUUGGAAGAGUGUGCCUUAUGGAUGCCCACCAGGUCUGGAUUAGAGCUUCAACUUUCCUACACUCUUCGUCAGCAGAAUCCUGUUGGAUAUACUGUGCCUAUCCAGCUUCCUGUGAUUAAUAAAGUAUUCAGUUGUAACCGUGCUGUAAAAAUAUCACCUAACUGUCCAGUGGCAAGAAUACGGCCUUUUGCAGGAAAAUAUAUGCCUGGAGAGGUGGUUGCUGUUCGAGUCCCACUUCUUCAUCUCUCUAAUUUCCAAAUUAAUGAUUGGCCUGAGCUUUCUACCAAGCGCUAUGCUUUGAUGGUUUUAAUGCUUCCCUCAGAUAGUGCAAGGCAGUGGCAUGCUUAUGAGUUGGAGCUUGUUGAAGUAGUCGCAGAUCAGGUGGCUGUUGCUCUAUCACAUGCUGCUAUCUUAGAAGAGUCGAUGAGGGCAAGGGAUCUUCUUAUGGAGCAGAAUGUUGCACUUGAUCUUGCAAGGAGAGAAGCAGAAACAGCUAUCCGUGCUCGUAAUGAUUUCUUAGCUGUCAUGAACCAUGAAAUGAGAACUCCCAUGCAUGCAAUUAUUGCACUUUCUUCCUUACUGCAAGAAACUGAGCUUACACCUGAGCAGCGCCUCAUGGUUGAGACAAUCCUUAAGAGUAGUAACCUCUUGGCUACUCUAAUAAAUGAUGUAUUAGACCUUUCAAGGCUUGAAGAUGGCAGCCUUCAACUUGACCUAGGAACUUUUAAUCUUCAUGCUGUAUUCUGGGAGGUUCUUAACUUGAUCAAGCCUAUUGCAUCUGUUAAAAAGUUGCCUGUUACAUUAAGUUUGGCUCCAGAUUUGCCGGAAUAUGCCAUUGGUGAUCAGAAACGCCUUAUGCAAACCAUUUUAAAUGUUGUUGGUAAUGCUGUGAAGUUUUCUAAAGAAGGGAACAUCUCAAUCACUGCUUUUGUUGCUAAACCAGAAUCAUUGAGAGAUCCUCGGUUUCCUGAUUUUUUCCCAGUGCCAAGUGAUAGUCACUUUUAUUUGUGUGUAAAGGUAAAAGAUGAGGGACUAGGAAUAAACCCCCAAGAUAUUUCUAAGUUGUUUACUAAAUUUGCACAAAGUCAAUCUUCGGCAACUGGAAAUUCCAGUGGCAGUGGACUUGGCCUUGCAAUUUGUAAGAGGUUUGUAAAUCUUAUGGAAGGACACAUUUGGAUUGAAAGUGAGGGACUUGGCAAGGGAUGCACUGCUAUCUUUGUUGUAAAACUUGGGAUUCUUGAGCGCUCAAAUGAAUCUAAGCAUCCUUUCAUGCCAAAAGUGCCAGCAAUUCAUGGACAGACGGCUUUUUCUGGGCUUAAAGUUCUUGUAAUGGAUGAUAACGGGGUUAGCAGGAUGGUAACAAAAGGACUUCUUGUGCACUUGGGGUGUGACGUGACAACUGUGAGCUCCAGCGAUGAGUGUUUACGAGUAGUUUCUCAGGACCACAAGGUGGUAUUUAUGGAUGUAUGCAUACCUGAUGGUUUUGAAGUUGCUGUCCGCAUACAUGAAAAAUUCACAAAACGUCAUGAGAGGCCAUUGAUAGUGGCACUUACUGAAAACACAAGCAAGGUGACAAAGGAAAACUGCAUGAGAGUUGGCAUGGAUGGUGUGAUACUGAAACCUGUCUCUGUUGACGAGAUGAGGGGUGUUUUAUCAUAUCUCCUGGAGCAUCGGGUUCUAUUUGAGGCCAUGUAACCAUUAGGGAUGUAAAAGGAAGAACCUGAGGUCUUGUUGUUUGUUGUGUACAUACCAUAAAAGUAUGGGAGCAUCACAGUGGAGAUGGAGCACCAGGCAAUUAACACGAUUGCCAAAAGCCAGUCUGUAUCCUUCUAUGCAACCAGCUAUCAAACCCAGAUGGGACAAACAAUUCCAGGAUUGUGCAGAUCCAACUGUCCCUGGAAAUGAAUUUAUUGUUCCUGUUCUUUAAAUUGAAAUUGUAAGACAGUUUGUUUCUCAUAACUCAACUCAACUAAGCUUUAUCCUAAAAA